AUGGCAUCAUCUUCAAGCUUGUACUCAAAUUCACCAUGUGCUGCGUGCAAGUUUUUGAGAAGGAAGUGCAUGCCAGAUUGCAUAUUUGCUCCAUAUUUCCCACCAGAUGAACCACAGAAAUUUGCAAACGUUCACAAAAUAUUUGGUGCAAGCAAUGUGAGUAAACUUCUGAAUGAAGUUCAACCUCAUCAAAGAGAAGAUGCUGUCAACUCUCUUGCCUAUGAAGCCGAGGCAAGGAUUAAAGAUCCUGUUUAUGGUUGUGUUGGUGCUAUUUCAGUCCUCCAAAGACAAGUUAUUAGUCUCCAAAAGGAACUCGAUUCUACUAAUGCUGAUUUGAUUCGUUAUAAUGAAAUAUUGCCAAAUCAUGGAGAACUUUCUUCUCCUCCACCUCCUCCAACUUUUUACUUUCCUUCACCUUGGAACAAUAAUGAUCCACUUGGGGAUGCUUAUCACACAGGUGGAGGUGACAAUAUAUAA